GAGUCAGGUUAGAAAUAAUCACAUGUAUUUAGGGUAAGUUGGGUCAAAUACAGAGGAUUUUGGGUUGAAAAUCAGGAUGUAUUGGUGGGUUGACCCUAACCCCAAACCAAACCCAACGCGCCCUAGUUGCAUCUCUAGUCUAGAAGCGUUUACCUGACCCGGACGCAACUGGUGGGAUCCGAAACAGACUAGAUACCGACAGAAAGCAACCCUCUCCCCUCCUUUCAGACAUAAAAUCCCAAGUCUCUUACCAAGCCCACUCUCCUGGUUUUCCGAAAAUGCAGCAACUUCCUCCAUCUUCGGCGGCUUCUUCAGCAUCUCCUCCGCCUCCACCUCUAAAUCUACAUCCCUCUAAAGAAGCGAAAUCCCUCUACUGCCUCAUCGCCACAAUCCUCGUCUCCCUCAUUUUCAUCCUCUCUUUCUCCCACAGCUCCUCCUCCGGCAGCCCCUCCCUCGUCCGCCCCGCCCCCAAGCUCCUCCUCCUCAACCCUUCCUCCACUCCUUCUCCUCCCUCCAUCGCAUACCUCCUAUCCGCCUCAUCCGGCGGCUCCGACCGCCUCCUCCGCCUCCUCUCCUCCGUCUACCACCCCUCUAACCAGUACCUCCUCCACCUCGACCUCUCCGCUCCUCAGCAUCAGCGCCACAGCCUCGCCCUCGCUGUCCAGUCCGUCCCUGUCUUCCAAGCUGCCCGCAAUGUCCACGUCCUCGGCAAGGCCGACUUCGCCGCCGAUCCGCGCUCUCCCUCCACCCUCGCUUCCACCCUCCAUGCUGCCGCUAUCCUUCUCCGUGUCGCUUCCCGCUGGGACUGGUUCAUCAAUCUCUCCGCCAACGAUUACCCCCUCGUCCCGCAGGACGACCUUCUCCACGUGCUGUCGUUCAUGCCAAGGGAUUUCAACUUUGUUCAGCAUAGCAGUCAUAUCGGUCGGAGAGAAUUGCGUAAAAUAAAGCCAAUUAUUGUGGAUCCUGGCCUCUAUCUUUCAUCGCAGAGUGAAGUAUUUUAUGCGACGCAAAAGCGCGAGUUGCCAAAUGCCUACAGGCUGUUCACAGGCUCACCCUCUGUUAUAUUGAGUCGAAAGUUUAUCGAGUUCUGCAUCUUGGGCACGGACAAUUUACCAAGGACUCUUCUAAUGUACUAUGCGAACACGCAUUCAUCGCAAUCAAACUACUUCCACACUGUUGUCUGCAAUUCUAGGGACUUCAAUAAGACUACUGUCAACUACAACAUGCACUAUGUAUUGUGGGACGAACCCCCCAAACGGGAGCCACGCACGCUCAGCAUGAAUGACUUCGAAAAGAUGGUUGAGAGUGGGGCAGCCUUUGGGACACAGUUCCGCAGGGAUGACCCAGUUCUUGAACGUAUUGACCGGGAGCUCCUGAAGCGUGGCCAGGGCAUGGUCGUGCCUGGUGGCUGGUGUUUAGGUGGAGAUGACAGUGAAGAUCCAUGUACUGUUUGGGGCGAUGCUGAUGUUCUGAGACCUGGUCCAGGAGCUGAAAGGCUCUCGAAGACUUUAGUACAACUUCUCUCCAACGGCACUUUCCAGUCCCAUCAGUGUAUAUCUGAAUGACACACAACAUUGAGAAAGCUCAGGUGAUUGCCAGGCUUGCAAUUUUUGUUAUUUGUAAUUGGUUUGGGUUGUGGGUCAAUUUUGUAUCGAUUUAAUUUACAAUGGGAAGGGGUUGUAUUAUUGCUGGAAAUGUUGUAAUGCAAUUGCAUGCUAUUGAUGAUGUGGCAAUGGUUUGGUUC